AUGAAUGAUAAUUUGCCCAAAGAAUAUUUCGACCUUAUAAGGAAAGUAGUCAGGGAAAAGAACCAAAAUGGUACAACUAAUGAACGUCCAUUAAAGAGACGUCGUCGUCAAAGGGAUAAAUUGCCAACUAUAGUAACCCCAUCGAUUCCAGUAGAGCCAGAUGUUAUUAUUAAUCUAGAUUCUGAUGAUGAUAAAGAUCAAGAGCAGCCUCAAAAGGAUGAACCAACAAAUAUUGUGAAUCGGUCAACCAUGGAAGAGAUCCCUAGUGAAGGAUCAUCAUUGGAAGGUUCUGCCAGUGAGUAUGAUUCUGAUGAUUUUGAAGAUGUAUCUGAUACUGAACCGAACGAAAACAAGAUUAAAAAUAUAUCAGUGACGAUCCAUAAGAAAACGGAACCUAAAGAGGUUAAAAACAGUCAAGUACGAAAUAUGUGUUGUAGUGAGGAAAAAAAAAGACGUAGAUCAAUGCACAUGUUGCAAUUAGUAUGUCUUAUGAGUCAUGGUUCUAUUCGGAAUAGAUGGCUUAAUAGUUCGAAAUUAAUGAGAAAAUUAAAUAGAUUAAUUCCAGAUAAGACUUUAGAAUUAUUACAUCCAAAGAGAGACAAUGAAAUGAUAUUGAGGAGCACAAGAAAAUUAUUAGAUGGUUUAAAACAAUCUAUGGAAGUAUGGCAAAAACAUUGGAAAAUUGUUCAAAAAUAUCAUAAUUCUACAGGGUUAUAUAUGAAGAUGUGGGAUGAGUUAUCUAAAGAUACUCAAACAAAUACAAAUGCAAGCCAAACGAUGAUGACCAAACAAACAUUUAUAAGACAGGUGUUAAAGGGUGUUGGCGAUAGGGAUAUUGCUACACAAGGGUUUGUAUCAUUAUUAAGAUCAUGUAAUGUUAAUGCUCGAUUAGUCAUGUCCUGUCAACCUUGUGAUUUUACAAAUUUAAAAGAAAAUGAAUUACCUUGCAGAACCUCAUAUGAUGAUAUGGUAAAAUAUCCAAUCUUUUGGUGUGAAGUAUGGGACAAAUUUUCUAAACAGUGGAUUAGUAUUGAUCCUAUGAAUUUAAAGACCAUUGAACAAAUCCGACAUAUUACCAAGAUGGAACCAAAAGGUGUUGCCUGUUGUAAGCGUAAUAUGAUUCGAUAUGUGAUAGCGUUUGAUCGCCAGGAAGGAUGCCGUGAUAUCACAAGACGAUAUGUGAAAUGGUUAAAUGCAAAGGUAAGAAGAAGACGUAUUACAAAGGAUUCCGAUGGUUUACAAUGGUAUCAACGAGUCUUAAAUGCCUUACAUCAUAGGAAAAGAACUAAAAUCGAUGAUUACGAGGAUGAAUAUUUUCAAGUGAGAGAUGAUGAUGAAGGUAUGCCUGAUUGUUUGGCCGAUAUGAAAUCUCACCCAUAUUAUAUACUUGAAAGAGAUCUUCAUAGUAAUCAAAUAUUACGGAAAAAUUGUAAAGAAUGUGGAUAUUUGAAUCUUCCUAAUAAUAAAGGAAUGAUUAAAGUAUAUGCACGUCGAGAUAUUCUUGAUUUGAAAAGUGGUCGUCAAUGGUAUAAUGAAGGAAGGAUCUUAAAGAAAGGUAGUCAGUAUUUGAAAGUAAUUCAACGAAAGACCCGCGAGGGCGAAAUGGAAGAUGAAAGAUUAUAUGCAAGAGAUGCAACAGAAUUAUAUAUACCACCAUUAGCAACAUAUCCCCUGGGGGAAAUUUCCAAAAAUACAUUUGGUAAUAUUGAAAUAUUUGUACCAUCAAUGAUUCCGGGGAAUUGUUGUUUAAUUGAGAGUCCCGUUGCUAUUAAAGCUGCCAAAUUUUUAGGGAUUCAAUUUGCACCAGCGGUAACGAAAUUCAAGUUUGAACGUGGAUCAAGGGCAAAAGCUCUGAUUAGUGGAGUUGUUGUGGCUAUAUGGUUUAAAGAAGCAAUGGUAACAUUUAUUGAUGGGAUCGAAUACAUCGAAGAAGAAAAUAAGAGACAAGAGGAAGAAAUUCAAUCAUUAGAGUUAUGGCGUAUAUUUUUAACAAAGAUGAGAAUUAAAGAAGAUUUAAACAACACGUAUGGUAUUGUUAGAGAAACUGAGGGACGUUUAGAUAAAGUAGAAUCUGAAGAUGAAAUAAAUGAAGAAGGUGGUGGUGGAUUUUUCGUUGAUUCAAAUUCUCAUAAUAACAAGCCCAGAGAACAGGAAGAAGCAAACGAAGAAUUAGAAGAAGAAGAAUUAGAAGAAGAAGAAUUAGAAGAAGAAGAAUUAGAAGAAGAAGAAUUAGAAGAAGAACCAGAUGACGGGAUUGACGAUGAAUAUGCAACGUUUAUGGAUGAUAUAUCGUAA